AUGAAAUUACCAACAUCUGGAUCACUGUAUGUAUCUAGACAUGAUUUACCAAACGUAAUCAUAGAAAACUGUAUUGUUGACUAUAGCCUCAUAUACAUCAUCAUCAUCAUCAUCAUCAUCAUCAUCAUCAUCAUCAUCAUCAUCAUCAUCAUCAUCAUCAUCAUCAUCAUCAUCAUCAUCAUCAUCAUCAUCAUCAUCAUCAUCAUCAUCAUCAUCAUCAUCAUCAUCAUCAUCAUCAUCAUCAUCAUCAUCAUCAUCAUCAUCAUCAUCAUCAUCAUCAUCAUCAUCAUCAUCAUCAUCAUCAUCAUCAUCAUCAUCAUCAUCAUCAUCAUCAUCAUCAUCAUCAUCAUCAUCAUCAUCAUCAUCAUCAUCAUCAUCAUCAUCAUCAUCAUCAUCAUCAUCAUCAUCAUCAUCAUCAUCAUCAUCAUCAUCAUCAUCAUCAUCAUCAUCAUCAUCAUCAUCAUCAUCAUCAUCAUCAUCAUCAUCAUCAUCAUCAUCAUCAUCAUCAUCAUCAUCAUCAUCAUCAUCAUCAUCAUCAUCAUCAUCAUCAUCAUCAUCAUCAUCAUCAUCAUAUCAUCAUCAUCAUCAUCAUCAUCAUCAUCAUCAUCAUCAUCAUCAUCAUCAUCAUCAUCAUCAUCAUCAUCAUCAUCAUCAUCAUCAUCAUCAUCAUCAUCAUCAUCAUCAUCAUCAUCAUCAUCAUCAUCAUCAUCAUCAUCAUCAUCAUCAUCAUCAUCAUCAUCAUCAUCAUCAUCAUCAUCAUCAUCAUCAUCAUCAUCAUCAUCAUCAUCAUCAUCAUCAUCAUCAUCAUCAUCAUCAUCAUCAUCAUCAUCAUCAUCAUCAUCAUCAUCAUCAUCAUCAUCAUCAUCAUCAUCAUCAUCAUCAUCAUCAUCAUCAUCAUCAUCAUCAUCAUCAUCAUCAUCAUCAUCAUCAUCAUCAUCAUCAUCAUCAUCAUCAUCAUCAUCAUCAUCAUCAUCAUCAUCAUCAUCAUCAUCAUCAUCAUCAUCAUCAUCAUCAUCAUCAUCAUCAUCAUCAUCAUCAUCAUCAUCAUCAUCAUCAUCAUCAUCAUCAUCAUCAUCAUCAUCAUCAUCAUCAUCAUCAUCAUCAUCAUCAUCAUCAUCAUCAUCAUCAUCAUCAUCAUCAUCAUCAUCAUCAUCAUCAUCAUCAUCAUCAUCAUCAUCAUCAUCAUCAUCAUCAUCAUCAUCAUCAUCAUCAUCAUCAUCAUCAUCAUCAUCAUCAUCAUCAUCAUCAUCAUCAUCAUCAUCAUCAUCAUCAUCAUCAUCAUCAUCAUCAUCAUCAUCAUCAUCAUCAUCAUCAUCAUCAUCAUCAUCAUCAUCAUCAUCAUCAUCAUCAUCAUCAUCAUCAUCAUCAUCAUCAUCAUCAUCAUCAUCAUCAUCAUCAUCAUCAUCAUCAUCAUCAUCAUCAUCAUCAUCAUCAUCAUCAUCAUCAUCAUCAUCAUCAUCAUCAUCAUCAUCAUCAUCAUCAUCAUCAUCAUCAUCAUCAUCAUCAUCAUCAUCAUCAUCAUCAUCAUCAUCAUCAUCAUCAUCAUCAUCAUCAUCAUCAUCAUCAUCAUCAUCAUCAUCAUCAUCAUCAUCAUCAUCAUCAUCAUCAUCAUCAUCAUCAUCAUCAUCAUCAUCAUCAUCAUCAUCAUCAUCAUCAUCAUCAUCAUCAUCAUCAUCAUCAUCAUCAUCAUCAUCAUCAUCAUCAUCAUCAUCAUCAUCAUCAUCAUCAUCAUCAUCAUCAUCAUCAUCAUCAUCAUCAUCAUCAUCAUCAUCAUCAUCAUCAUCAUCAUCAUCAUCAUCAUCAUCAUCAUCAUCAUCAUCAUCAUCAUCAUCAUCAUCAUCAUCAUCAUCAUCAUCAUCAUCAUCAUCAUCAUCAUCAUCAUCAUCAUCAUCAUCAUCAUCAUCAUCAUCAUCAUCAUCAUCAUCAUCAUCAUCAUCAUCAUCAUCAUCAUCAUCAUCAUCAUCAUCAUCAUCAUCAUCAUCAUCAUCAUCAUCAUCAUCAUCAUCAUCAUCAUCAUCAUCAUCAUCAUCAUCAUCAUCAUCAUCAUCAUCAUCAUCAUCAUCAUCAUCAUCAUCAUCAUCAUCAUCAUCAUCAUCAUCAUCAUCAUCAUCAUCAUCAUCAUCAUCAUCAUCAUCAUCAUCAUCAUCAUCAUCAUCAUCAUCAUCAUCAUCAUCAUCAUCAUCAUCAUCAUCAUCAUCAUCAUCAUCAUCAUCAUCAUCAUCAUCAUCAUCAUCAUCAUCAUCAUCAUCAUCAUCAUCAUCAUCAUCAUCAUCAUCAUCAUCAUCAUCAUCAUCAUCAUCAUCAUCAUCAUCAUCAUCAUCAUCAUCAUCAUCAUCAUCAUCAUCAUCAUCAUCAUCAUCAUCAUCAUCAUCAUCAUCAUCAUCAUCAUCAUCAUCAUCAUCAUCAUCAUCAUCAUCAUCAUCAUCAUCAUCAUCAUCAUCAUCAUCAUCAUCAUCAUCAUCAUCAUCAUCAUCAUCAUCAUCAUCAUCAUCAUCAUCAUCAUCAUCAUCAUCAUCAUCAUCAUCAUCAUCAUCAUCAUCAUCAUCAUCAUCAUCAUCAUCAUCAUCAUCAUCAUCAUCAUCAUCAUCAUCAUCAUCAUCAUCAUCAUCAUCAUCAUCAUCAUCAUCAUCAUCAUCAUCAUCAUCAUCAUCAUCAUCAUCAUCAUCAUCAUCAUCAUCAUCAUCAUCAUCAUCAUCAUCAUCAUCAUCAUCAUCAUCAUCAUCAUCAUCAUCAUCAUCAUCAUCAUCAUCAUCAUCAUCAUCAUCAUCAUCAUCAUCAUCAUCAUCAUCAUCAUCAUCAUCAUCAUCAUCAUCAUCAUCAUCAUCAUCAUCAUCAUCAUCAUCAUCAUCAUCAUCAUCAUCAUCAUCAUCAUCAUCAUCAUCAUCAUCAUCAUCAUCAUCAUCAUCAUCAUCAUCAUCAUCAUCAUCAUCAUCAUCAUCAUCAUCAUCAUCAUCAUCAUCAUCAUCAUCAUCAUCAUCAUCAUCAUCAUCAUCAUCAUCAUCAUCAUCAUCAUCAUCAUCAUCAUCAUCAUCAUCAUCAUCAUCAUCAUCAUCAUCAUCAUCAUCAUCAUCAUCAUCAUCAUCAUCAUCAUCAUCAUCAUCAUCAUCAUCAUCAUCAUCAUCAUCAUCAUCAUCAUCAUCAUCAUCAUCAUCAUCAUCAUCAUCAUCAUCAUCAUCAUCAUCAUCAUCAUCAUCAUCAUCAUCAUCAUCAUCAUCAUCAUCAUCAUCAUCAUCAUCAUCAUCAUCAUCAUCAUCAUCAUCAUCAUCAUCAUCAUCAUCAUCAUCAUCAUCAUCAUCAUCAUCAUCAUCAUCAUCAUCAUCAUCAUCAUCAUCAUCAUCAUCAUCAUCAUCAUCAUCAUCAUCAUCAUCAUCAUCAUCAUCAUCAUCAUCAUCAUCAUCAUCAUCAUCAUCAUCAUCAUCAUCAUCAUCAUCAUCAUCAUCAUCAUCAUCAUCAUCAUCAUCAUCAUCAUCAUCAUCAUCAUCAUCAUCAUCAUCAUCAUCAUCAUCAUCAUCAUCAUCAUCAUCAUCAUCAUCAUCAUCAUCAUCAUCAUCAUCAUCAUCAUCAUCAUCAUCAUCAUCAUCAUCAUCAUCAUCAUCAUCAUCAUCAUCAUCAUCAUCAUCAUCAUCAUCAUCAUCAUCAUCAUCAUCAUCAUCAUCAUCAUCAUCAUCAUCAUCAUCAUCAUCAUCAUCAUCAUCAUCAUCAUCAUCAUCAUCAUCAUCAUCAUCAUCAUCAUCAUCAUCAUCAUCAUCAUCAUCAUCAUCAUCAUCAUCAUCAUCAUCAUCAUCAUCAUCAUCAUCAUCAUCAUCAUCAUCAUCAUCAUCAUCAUCAUCAUCAUCAUCAUCAUCAUCAUCAUCAUCAUCAUCAUCAUCAUCAUCAUCAUCAUCAUCAUCAUCAUCAUCAUCAUCAUCAUCAUCAUCAUCAUCAUCAUCAUCAUCAUCAUCAUCAUCAUCAUCAUCAUCAUCAUCAUCAUCAUCAUCAUCAUCAUCAUCAUCAUCAUCAUCAUCAUCAUCAUCAUCAUCAUCAUCAUCAUCAUCAUCAUCAUCAUCAUCAUCAUCAUCAUCAUCAUCAUCAUCAUCAUCAUCAUCAUCAUCAUCAUCAUCAUCAUCAUCAUCAUCAUCAUCAUCAUCAUCAUCAUCAUCAUCAUCAUCAUCAUCAUCAUCAUCAUCAUCAUCAUCAUCAUCAUCAUCAUCAUCAUCAUCAUCAUCAUCAUCAUCAUCAUCAUCAUCAUCAUCAUCAUCAUCAUCAUCAUCAUCAUCAUCAUCAUCAUCAUCAUCAUCAUCAUCAUCAUCAUCAUCAUCAUCAUCAUCAUCAUCAUCAUCAUCAUCAUCAUCAUCAUCAUCAUCAUCAUCAUCAUCAUCAUCAUCAUCAUCAUCAUCAUCAUCAUCAUCAUCAUCAUCAUCAUCAUCAUCAUCAUCAUCAUCAUCAUCAUCAUCAUCAUCAUCAUCAUCAUCAUCAUCAUCAUCAUCAUCAUCAUCAUCAUCAUCAUCAUCAUCAUCAUCAUCAUCAUCAUCAUCAUCAUCAUCAUCAUCAUCAUCAUCAUCAUCAUCAUCAUCAUCAUCAUCAUCAUCAUCAUCAUCAUCAUCAUCAUCAUCAUCAUCAUCAUCAUCAUCAUCAUCAUCAUCAUCAUCAUCAUCAUCAUCAUCAUCAUCAUCAUCAUCAUCAUCAUCAUCAUCAUCAUCAUCAUCAUCAUCAUCAUCAUCAUCAUCAUCAUCAUCAUCAUCAUCAUCAUCAUCAUCAUCAUCAUCAUCAUCAUCAUCAUCAUCAUCAUCAUCAUCAUCAUCAUCAUCAUCAUCAUCAUCAUCAUCAUCAUCAUCAUCAUCAUCAUCAUCAUCAUCAUCAUCAUCAUCAUCAUCAUCAUCAUCAUCAUCAUCAUCAUCAUCAUCAUCAUCAUCAUCAUCAUCAUCAUCAUCAUCAUCAUCAUCAUCAUCAUCAUCAUCAUCAUCAUCAUCAUCAUCAUCAUCAUCAUCAUCAUCAUCAUCAUCAUCAUCGUCAUCUUCUUCUUCUUCUUCUCCUCUUCCGUUUUCUUAUUCUUCUUGUUCUUGUUCUUCUGCUUCUUAUAAUCCACCUUCCUCUAAACCAUCUAAUUUCAUAUCUACAUUCUGUCUAUGUUGCAUAUUCUCGCAGCUAAUCUUGCUUUGA